GUAAUCCUGAUCCCAGUCCACGCAAAGAGCUGGAGUCGAGCUGGAAGAGUCGCGGUGGUCCCCUUGCCCAAUCGGGGAAAUUGAGAUCCGCUCGGAAGCGCUCCUCCACGGCCGCGCGAGGGCGCAAGGGGCCGCUGCCCCUCUGGACCCCGACCUGGGCGCGCCCUGGGAGGCCGGGUGGAAGGGGCCGCCCUGGGCUCCCCUCACCCCUCCCCGCGGGCGCCGCCGCUUCGUCUCACCCUGGGGCCGUCCAGAGAGCCAGGACGCACCGCUAGAGCUCUAAGUAGCCGGUCUCAGAGUCCUGGACUGACCCCAGAUGGUUCCCACUGCACAGAUGGGGCAACUGAGGCCCAGGGAAGCGGAGUGGCUGGCCCCUGGCCACACAGGAAGACUCCACCCCCUAUGGAAACUCCUGCUCCUGCUGUGGACCCUCCUGAACUGUGGUUUGGGGGGCAGUGCUCAGGGGCUGGGAGAGUGGGCGCCAUGGGGUUCCUGGAGCCGCUGUUCCAGCUCCUGUGGGCAGGGGCUCUCUGUGCGCAGCCGGCGCUGCAUCCGAUUUCCCAGGGAAGAGGUGUGCUGGGGGGACACCCAUGAGUACCGUCUCUGCCAGUUACCAGACUGUCCCCCAGGGGCCACGGCCUUCCGAGACAUCCAGUGUGCUCUCUACAAUGGCCAACCUGUCCUGGGCCUCCAGAAGACUUACCAAUGGGUGCCCUUCUAUGGUGCGCCCAACCAGUGCGACCUCAACUGCCUGGCCCUAGGGCAUGCCUUCUACCAUAGCUUUGGCCGCGUCCUGGACGGCACUCCCUGCAGCCCGGGUAGCCACGGACUCUGCGUGGGGGGACGCUGCCUCAGCGCCGGCUGUGACGGUUUAAUGGGUUCAAACGCCCGCGAGGAUCAUUGCGGUCGCUGCGGCGGCGCCAACGACUCGUGCCUCUUCGUGCAGCGCGUGUUCCGUGACGCCGGGACCUUCGCCGGGUACUGGAAUGUGACCCUGAUCCCCGAGGGCGCCAGACACAUCUACGCCGCCCAUCGGAGCCGCAACCAUUUGGCGCUGGUUGGGGGCGACGGGCGCUACGUGCUCAACGGCAACUGGGAGGUCAGCCCGGCCGGGACCUACGAGGUAGCUGGCACCCGCGUGGUCUACACCCGUGCCACAGGGCCAGAGGAGACGCUGCGCGCGGCGGGACCCACCACCCAAGACCUGCUCCUGCAGGUCCUCCUGCAGGAGCCCAAUCCUGGCAUUGAGUUCGAGUUCUGGCUCCCUCGGGAGCUCUACGGCCCCUUCCAGGAGCAGGCACAGGCCCUAAGCUGGUCCCUGAGGCAGCCACAGCCUCUGCAGGUGGAACCUCAGUCUCCUGAGCCCCACGAUGCCCCGGCUUUCCCCACACGGACCCCAAACCCCACCCCAGAUCCCUGCCCACCCUGUCCCGAUACCCGCGGUCGUGCCCACCGGUUGCUCCACUAUUGCGGCAGUGACUUUGUGUUCCGGGCUCAAGUGCUGGGCCACGUCCGCCAGGCCCAGGAGACUCGCUAUGAGGUGCGUGUGCAGCUUGUCUACAAGAACCGCUCGCCGCUGCAGGCCCUCGAGUAUGUGUGGGCACCAGGUCGCUGCCCCUGCCCACCAAUGUCCCUCCAUCGAGAGUACCUGCUGGCUGCCCAGCGCCUCGUCAGUCCUGAUGGCACUCAGGACCGGCUGCUGCUGCCCCACUCAGGCUACGCCAGGCCCUGGAGCCCAGCCGAGGACAGCCGUGUACGCCUGGCUGCUAGACACUGCCCUGUCUGAGCCCCUGGACAAGGCCCCACCACACACAGCAAGAAAGUUUUGCCUGAUCUGGCUCAAACUCAGCCUACUUCCCCUCUUGCCCUGGCUUUCAGGGAGCUCAGAAGUAUCUCCCACCACAGAGAGCUAUGUGACUCUCCCUCACACACACUUACACACCUUGGCAUGUAGUCAGUCAGGUCCACUGCCAUAAAUAAGCAGGCAAUGAUAAAAACACACUGAAAUGCUUCUUUAAUUCAUUUUCUCUCAAUCUGGCUGCCAGGAAACUCAUAGCUGUCUUAUACUCAAAAACUUCAUGUCUGCUUUUAUUCUCCUUGCCUCACACUUACUUGCUUAGAGACACUCUCACAAGCAAGCAGGGCCCAGAAGAUACGCCUAAGGAGACACUGUAAUGUGUCAGUUUCCCUUCUUGCCCUGUCUACCGGGAAGCUCAUCACUGUUUAACUCCCUGACACUCUAUACUCUCAUCUCACUGCCAGUUACCCACACACAAAUAUACUCAGAGACAUUGUCACAAACAGGCAUGCCCACCAGAAGACAUGCCUAACCAGGCACUGUACCGUACUAAUUUCCCCUUAUGCGCUGACUACCAGGAAGUUCAAAGAUAAUCUUUUUUUUUCCUUUCAAUUUUAUUUUGUAUUGAUUUCAGGUGCACAGCUUAGUGGUUAGACAAUCAAAUACUUUACAAAGUGUUCCCUCACUAUUUCCAGCACUCAAGUGGCACCAUACAUGGUUAUCACAAUAUUAUUGACUAUAUUCCCUAUGCUUUAUAUGCCAAUGACUAUUAACUAAGAGAUAUCUUGACAGCCUCAGUAGUUCUGGCUGGGUUUCCUCUAGUCUACACUGCUGUUCAACCCUUUUCUAUUUCUAUUUAAUUUUUACAAGCACUUCUUUUUUUAAACAAGGGCAGCCCACUUACACACACUUGGCCACAGAGAUGUGGAGAUGCACUGGUAAUCAGAUCCACAACUGUGCUCUCACAGCAUGCACACGUGUGAUCUCCAAACCCCACCCCCUCCUCCUGGUCCAUCGCCCACCUCCCUUCAGCAUGUCUGACCCUUUGUGGGAAGUGAGGACCAGGAACGUGUGAAAAUGGGGGACAAGUGGAGGGUAAAUGUGGUUUUUAUAGGUCCCAAGCCCCUUCUCCAUGCCUGCUUGGGGGCCACACAUUCAUCUCAGGUCACCCAGGGGGACCCCUCCCUAGCAGAGGAGGCAGGCAGAGUCCUCGCCCUCAGCCUAUCCCCAUCCAUAUGUGGUGUCCUGGAUAGAUUCUCUUCAUUCUUCUGGAGCAAGAGAGAAUAUCUCAGGGGUGUGAGAUUAAGGGUGCCUGUGGGGCGGCCCAGCAAACUGUCUCCAGCGAGGGGACCCUGAGGG